GAGAGAGAGAGAGAGAGAGAGAGAGAGAGAGAGAGAGAGAGAGAAGUUCAGCCUCAGUAUCUCUAUCGGCGCUUCUCACACACUGAGCCUGUACUGAGCUCGCUGGUGGUCUCGAAUGGACUGGACUCGGCGUUAGUGAGGGCGAAACUAAACCAAGCUCAGCGGGCAUGCCGGAGUUCCGACAGUUAGCGGAGUUUUUUUGACCUUCGCCAACGAAGUACGAGAUUUAUUUCCUUACUCUUACUGUAAUUCGCAACAGCGCGUGUUCGUGUGAAGCCUAAUCAGCAGAUGGUGCUUCGUAAAUCAGUGCGGCGAGAGUGUUUCUGAGGAAAGAAGCCCUCGUUGACUGGAAGCAGGAGUUUGACCGACCGCACUGCUGUGGAGAGAGAGACGCACACUCACAGAGAGGCGAGCAGAGAGAGAGAAAGAGAGAGAGAGAGAGAGCGCUGAAAUAACUGAGGGAAUAAGUGGCCAAGCGGUGCUGUUCUCCCUCCUCACAUCUGCUUUUCGAGGUUUUUAGACAGUCUUUUAAAUAUGGUGGGGGAAAUGGAAACGAAGGAGAAGCCCAAGCCCACUCCUGACUAUCUGAUGCAGCUCAUGAACGACAAGAAGCUGAUGAGCAGCCUGCCGAACUUCUGCGGGAUUUUCAACCACCUAGAGCGGCUACUGGACGAAGAGAUUGGCCGGGUACGGAAGGACAUGUACAAUGACACACUGAACGGCAGUACAGACAAAAGGACAUCAGAGCUGCCAGACGCCGUGGGGCCUAUUGCUCAGCUCCAGGAGAAACUCUACGUGCCUGUAAAAGAAUAUCCAGAUUUCAACUUUGUGGGGAGAAUCCUCGGGCCUCGUGGGCUUACUGCCAAACAGCUGGAAGCUGAAACAGGCUGCAAGAUCAUGGUGCGGGGAAAGGGCUCCAUGAGAGACAAGAAGAAGGAGGAGCAGAAUCGAGGUAAGCCAAACUGGGAGCACUUGAAUGAGGACCUGCAUGUGCUCAUCACUGUGGAGGACUCACAGAACCGUGCAGAGAUCAAACUGAAAAGAGCUGUGGAGGAGGUGAAGAAGCUGCUGGUCCCUGCGGCUGAGGGUGAAGACAGCUUGAAAAAGAUGCAGCUGAUGGAGCUGGCCAUCCUCAACGGCACGUACCGAGAUGCCAAUGUCAAGUCCCCAGCCCUGGCGUUCUCUCUGGCCGCCACUGCCCAGGCUCCCCGCAUCAUCACCGGCCCCUCCCCUGUGAUGCCUACCGCAGCCCUUCGUGCUCCUGCCCCUGCUGCCCCCACCCUCAUGCCUCUCAUCCGACAGAUCCAAACCUCCGCCAUCAUGCCCACAGGAACCCCUCACCCCGCCGCCACCCUGAUGCCUCAGACCCCUGAGUCAGGCAUUAUCUACACCCCAUACGAGUACCCCUACACCCUGGCCCCUGCCACCUCCAUCCUUGAGUAUCCCAUCGACUCCAGUGGUGUAUUAGGUGCAGUGACUACUAAAGUACGAAGGCAGGAUAUGCGCGUCCAUCCUUACCAAAGGGUAGUGACCGCAGAAAGAGCCGCCACCGGCAACUAACCAAUGACCCUAUGAGCUCUCAACUCUUCACCCAAUGAUGACCUGACCAUUGCCUGUCUGCUGACCAGUUCUCUGGCUCUCGUCCUUCGCUUGUCUGUACUCGCGGCCUGCUGGUGAGCCCGGAAGCAGCUUUAAUUCGCUUAACACAGCGCAGAAGCAGUGACGGCCACACUACGCCACACAGCACCCCCUGAAAUCAACAACUGCCCACUUCCACAAACUGAGGACCUCCAUGGUCAGGUGAUCUAGUCUCCACAAUCUGCACUGAAGCGUCAUACAGCAAUAAUAUGGUCUGGGACAACAGCUUCAAUUCCAUUGCCACUCUCCCUCACUCAUUCAUGUGUACACACUCACCAGCUCUCACUCUUGCAGACAGUUCUCCUAACAAACAUUAGAGAUUGAGCAUUAACUGUCACGUUGGGUAAACUGUUGUGGGGACCACCCUGGAAUGAAGCAAUGACUUUAGUGUGAUUGUGUGAUAUGUGUGUUCAAGUAGAUCGGCAUGCUCAUAAGGGUGAAAGAAAAUGCAGAUGUUUUUUUUGAACUCCGAGGCAAAACGUACA